CCUAUCCCAUGCUCUGGGUGGUGCUUAUAAUAUUUAAAACAACACAGUCAAUUAUGGUGAACUCUAGAAUCCACUACCAACCAACGAUAAUUCAUUUCUUUGUUUCUUUUCAUUCUCACCAGUGCCUUUCCUUAUCUUGUAGAUUCAUACUUACUGAAGAUGUCAAACAUGGGAGUGAUGUCCACCUGCUUCUGUGUCCGUUCUUUUGUACACCUGCUUAGGCCGGGAGUGCAGAAAAUGGGCUAUUUCCAAAUGCACACUGCAUCCAGGUGUGCUGCUAAGAAUCACUACGAAGUGCUGGUGCUUGGCGGGGGCAGUGGUGGAAUCACCAUGAGUGCUCGGAUGAAGCGGAAAGUGGGAGCUGAAAACGUGGCUGUUGUUGAACCAAAUGAGAAACAUUACUAUCAACCCAUGUGGACACUAGUUGGCGCUGGUGCAAAACAGCUGGCAACAUCUGGACGUCCGACAGCCAGCGUGAUUCCUUCAGGUGUAAAAUGGAUCAAAUCCAGUGUUACAGAGUUGGAUCCAGACAAGAACUGCAUCCAUUUAGCGGAUGACAAAAAGAUAUCUUACAAAUAUUUGAUAAUUGCCCUUGGGCUUCAACUGCAUUACGAAAAGAUUAAAGGUUUGCCUGAGGGUUUUAAUUAUCCUAAAAUAGGUUCCAAUUAUUCAGUCCACACAGUAGAGAAAACCUGGAAGGCUUUGCAAGAUUUCAAGGAAGGAAACGCCAUCUUCACUUUUCCAAACACUCCAGUGAAAUGUGGAGGGGCUCCUCAGAAAAUCAUGUACUUGUCAGAGGCCUACUUGAGAAAGACAGGAAAACGAUCCAAAGCCAACAUCAUCUUCAAUACUUCGCUUGGAUCAAUUUUUACUGUUCAGAAGUAUGCUGAUAGAUUGCUGGAGAUAAUUAAGGCUAGGAAUAUUGUUGUUAACUACAAAUGCAAUCUCAUUGAGGUUCGAGCAGACAAACAAGAAGCUGUAUUUGAGAAUUUGGACACACCUGGAGUGACUGAGGUUUAUCAGUAUGAAAUGCUUCAUGUCACACCACCUAUGGGACCACCUGAUGUACUCAUGAACAGUCCUGUUUCAGAUGCAGCUGGCUGGUUAGACAUAGAUAAGGAAACUCUGCAACACAAGAAAUACCCCAAUGUGUUUGGUAUUGGAGACUGCACCAACCUUCCAACAUCAAAAACAGCUGCAGCUAUAGCUGCCCAGUCUGCAGUGCUUGAUAAAACAAUUUCUUCAGUAAUGAAGAGCCAAUUGCCAACUAAAAAGUACGAUGGAUACACUUCCUGUCCCAUUGUAACAGGCUACGAUAAAGUGAUUCUAGCAGAAUUUGACUACAAUUCUCAGCCUCUGGAAACAUUUCCCAUUGACCAGAGUAAGGAGAGACUACUCAUGUACUACAUGAAAGCUGAUGUAAUGCCUUUUCUUUACUGGAAUGGAUUACUAAAAGGCUACUGGGGAGGUCCUGCUCCUAUAAGAAAUCUGAUGCAUCUUGGUUUGAAAUGAUGAUCCAAUCAACUUUGCUUACUGGCCAGAACUAAGUCUAAGAAAAGGAACAAUUUUUAAAACACACACCUGUUCUCUCAAAUAAUAGCACAUACUUCUGUGGAUAUUGUACUUGAUGUAUCAAAGGCCAGGUUUCUCUUCUGGUGAGAAUUAAACCUUGAAUUUAAAAGUAAUGUAAGAUGUCUUGUUACUAAAAUGUCAUUGGGGUUAAUGGUGGAACAAUGGGGUGGAAAUAAUAGCAGUUUUCUACUGCUGAUAAGUACCAUACCAGAGUAUUGUAACACAAAGAAGUGAGUCUGAACCCAACUCUAAAUAACUGAUCCCAUUCUAUACAAGUUUACUUACUAAAGCCUAUUGCAUCUGAUUGUUACUGUGUACACUUAAUCAGCAUGGAAACGAUGGGAGCUACAUAAUAACUGUGUGCAUCUACCUUCUAAUAUUAAAUGUAUCAUUUAAACUUCU